AUGCCGGGAUUCCGCCAGACAUACGCCUUCCACAAUGACCUCGAUGCCAACGGCAACCAACUAUCACCAGCCGAGCGCGAGAGGCUACUGAAGCCAUAUCUGCCAUUAACACCUCAACGCAAAACCUCACCACAACCACAAUUCUCUAAAUCAAGACCAAAACGCUUCCACCAUCAACGACGAAUACGACCAGCACUGCAAAGCCUUCUACACAACCUACUAUUCACCCUCAUUCAUGCAAUAUUCAGUAUCUAUAUACGGGCGCGGCGGACCUAUCAUGCUAUCGUUGAUCGUUUAUAUGCUAUCACAUACUACCACCACCGUGCUCCGGAGUUCAUCCAGAAGGAUGUCAAGAAUCUUGGUAAAGUGCCUGGACAUUUGAGUGUGAUACUCGAUUUGCAGCCCGACGGGGUGAAGAGGGAUAGGUUGGAGACUCUAGUCAAUGAGAUCAACAAGACAUUGACAGACUACUACGGCAACUCCCCACUGAAGCCUACAAUAAGUCUUAGAGCACCACAUCACCCAUCCUACAGCCCGCCACACUCCCCGGAACCAGCAACAAACGGCGCUACAACACACCCACACCUGACCAUUCUACUCAUCUCUUCCACCGACGGCCGCCAAACGCUCGUUGAUCUAACCCGAACUUUGGCAACGAUGGCACAAGAUUACAAGCUCAAACCAGCCGACAUCAGCCAAGAAUUGAUAGAUGCCGAGAUCACAGAGUCCGUGAUGGGAGAGCCAGACUUGUUGAUCGUGUUUGGGGAGAGGGUGAUGCUAGACGGGUACCCACCGUGGCAAGUUCGGCUGACGGAGAUCUAUGGAGCGCAGGACUCGACGGUGGGUGUGGGAUAUAGUGUGUUUUUGAGAGCGUUGUAUCGGUAUGCGAGGGCAGAGAUGAGGAUUGGGAGGUAG